AUGACAAUGCUCAAGUUCCCUUCGUUUUGGAAAAAAGCUACUAAUGAUUUUCCUGACAAUGUUGUUAUUGCUCCUUCAAUCUUGCCUCUCGAGAACGAACAUGUUGAUGUUCCAAAUGCUGGAUUAACUAAUUUCACUGAUGAUGAUCCCCUUGAUGUUAUUGUUGCUGGUGAAGAUCCUUUUACAAAUAAUUUAUCUCCACCAACUAUCUCCACUUCUUCUGAUAUAGUUCCAAAGGUUGGAUUAUCUAAAUUUAUUGAACAUGUAACUAACUCAGAUGAUCCCUUACUUGCUGCUUCUAACUUGCAUUCUGAUAAAGCUCUAGAGGACUCUAUGUUGAACUCUCGGGCACCUACUGCUGAUGUGGAUGGUCAUUUACUACCUCCCCCAAAUCCUAAUUUGGCUUGGAGUUUUGAGGGUGUUGGAGAUCCUUGGUAUAUCCUUUGGCAACUUCAUAAAAAAGUUGCUUCUGCCCUGAGAAGGUGGAAUUACCAAGUUUUUGGCAAUGUUCAUACAAAGAUCCAGGAGACUCAAGCUGAGGUGGAUGCUCUUGAAACUAUGAUUAUCUUUGAUCCUCAGCUGGUUAAUGAGGUGGCUUAUAAACAUUCAUUAUUACUUGAUGCAAUUUCCAUGGAGGAACAUUUCCUUCAACAAAAAGCUAAUGACAUUCAUUUUAAGAGUGGUGAUUGUAAUACCAAUUACUUUCAUGCUUCUAUUAAACAUAGAAGAAUUAUUAAUUCCAUCCUAAAGAUCAAAAAGCCGAAUGGAGAUCUCAUUGCUGAUAAAGGUGAGAUUGGUAAUAAUGAUGUUCAAUACUUCAUUGAUUUGUUUGCUUCCACCUCACAGGUCACACCUAAAAAUAGUGACUUUUUUGACAAAGAUAGGGACUAUGUGGCUGGCUUGUCCCUUAUUGACAUUCUUAUUGAUCAGGAGAUCUUCAAUGUGUUAAAGGAUACUAAUCCUAAUAAAGCUCCUAGCCCUGAUGGUUUUACUUCCUCUAUCUAUACACACUAUUGGGAUAUAAUUCAUAAGGAGGUUGUUGCUGCCAUUCAAAGCUUUUUUAUGG